UGAAAAGAGGGAAAAUGGCAGGUGGGUUUCUCGCGGGAAAAUGAUGAUUUUUGCCAUCAGUUACCAACCGCUGGCUGCCUCAAGUCACUAUCGCCACCACAAACCAACUAACAUUUUUCAAUCAAUUCAUCCUUAGAAUCCAAGUUACUGCAACGCUUCAACUGCCAUUCUAUUGCCCUUCUUUCAUUUCCUUCUUCAUUUUCUCCCUCACCAUUUUCCUCCCAUCAUUAAUUAAUUUCCCAUCUCAGUCCCACCUUCUCCUAAUGGCAAAAUGGGCUUCUCUGAUAUCCCUUCCCAAAUAUGUUGUUGGGUUCUGUCUUUUACUCCAUGUUUUAAACCUGCAGACGCCGGCCAUGGCUGCCGAUGAUGAUGAGGAUGAUUAUGUCGAAGUAGAUAGCAGUGGCUAUGGCGGCUAUAGCGGCGGUGUAUCGGAGCAAUGUGAUACUGAUUUGAGAAGCUUUCUUCCACCACCGUAUGGUAAUUUAACCAAUGUCAUCUGCAAGCCCAUCUGGAAUACAUUUGUAUUACGGUAUACACAAAAUGAAGAGAAUGUAAUGAACAUCAUUGUAUCAGCUUUAUACACAACAGGGUGGGUGGGGAUUGGGUUUUCAAGAGAUGGGAUGAUGGUGGGAUCAAGUGCAAUGGUGGGAUGGGUUAACAAGAAAGGGCAUGCAAGAAUCCAUCAAUAUUACUUGCAAGGAAGAAAGCAAUCAGAAGUAAUUCAAGACAAAGGAGAAUUGCCACUCACUAAUGUUCCUUCCUCAGUUGUAUUGCAUGGUGCCACCAUUUACUUGGCCUUUCAACUCAAAUUCAGUGCUACGGUUUCUCAGCAACCAAUUCUCUUGGCUUUUGGGAAUGCUUAUCCUAGACAUCAUCACUUGUCUACUCACAGUGAUAAAACUGCUGUUGUUUUUGACUUCUCUGCAGGCUCUAAGUCUUCAGCAGCAGCAGCAGGCAGUGAGAUUGGUCAAACAAAGAAGAACCACGGUGUAAUGGGAAUAAUUGGAUGGGGUCUCAUCCUUCCAGUUGGGGCAAUUAUUCCUAGAUACUUCAAACAUAAGGAUCCUCUUUGGUACUAUCUGCAUUCAGCAAUUCAGUUUGUGGGGUUUGCCAUUGGACUUACUACUGUUGUACUUGGAAGACAACUUUACAAUAAAAUUAAUGCCAAUGUACCAACUCAUAGAGGCAUCGGUAUCUUUGUUCUUGUACUUAGCAUUCUUCAGGUGCUUGCAUUCUUUUUGAGACCCAACAAGGAAGCUAAAAUCAGAAAGUAUUGGAAUUGGUAUCACCAUUGGUUUGGAAGGAUUGCUCUGUUUUUUGGAGCAUUGAAUAUAGUGUUGGGAAUUCAAAUUGGAGGUGCAGGAAAUGAAUGGAAAGUUGGCUAUGGGUUUCUUCUUAGCAUAAUUCUUAUUGCAGUGAUAGUUUUGGAAGCAUUGGCAUGGAUGAAAAGAUCAGAUAAAGCUGCCAUGAAUUCAUUUCAGAUGAAUCCAGUACCGUAAUCAAAGAACUGUUUGGAUAUCUCAUUUUCAGGGUGAAGCUAAAAUCUGCAUUUUCAGAAUUAGGAAACAGAAGAUUGGUUUCAUUGGAUUUUCAUUGAGGGGUUCUUCUAUAUUAAGCAGAAGCCUUUCAACACGAAGCUCUUUUGAUGAUGAUUAUGUCAGAUCGUAUGUUUGGAAAAUAGAAAAAUUGAUGGUGUAUGUUUUCCCAACUGCAAGUUCUUGGAGUGCUGAACCAUUUGCAGGAUGAAGAAGCAUUUGUGUUGUUAACUCUGUUAUAAACUAUAUUCAGACAAUGCAUUUUUGUGAAGUAUGGAAAUAGAUAUUUCUCUGUGAUUGUCUAUCAAUCAUCAAUGCUGCUUAUAUAUUUGUGGAGGCAAAUUUUUUACCA